AUGGCAGCCUGCUGCACGGAGCUGACAGAUGAUCGGGCUCAAGAGUUUUUCGAUUCAUUUGAUACAGUUUUAUUUGAUUGCGAUGGUGUGAUUUGGACGGCCAAGUCUGCAAUCCCAGGAGCACAAGAAACAUUAAAGAAACUGAGAGACUUGGGAAAGCAUGUAAUUUUCAUCACCAACAACAGCACAAAGUCAAGAAUACAGUAUGCAAAGAGGUUCACCGACUUUGGUCUCGGCAAAGUUUCAGUGGAUGAUAUAUUCUGCACAGCCUAUGCAGCGGCUCACUACUUGAAGGAGACGUUGAAGUUCGAGGGUAAGGUGUACCUUAUCGGAGAGUCAGGUCUUGAGGAAGAGCUCAAACUUCACAACAUUAGCUACACUGGACCAGGGCCUGACCCGGUUGUGGGGACUCAGCAAGAUUGGCUGCAGAUACCGCUGGAUCCUGAGGUGAACGCUGUCUGUGUCGGUUUCGAUCGUGAGUUCACCUACAUGAAGAUAUUGAGGGCAGUGAGUUACUUGAAUAAACCCAACGUUCCGUUCAUCGGAACCAACUCAGACUGUCGUUUCCCUCCGCAUGCUGAUAUAGGUAUCGUUCUACCAGGCACCGGAUGUAUAAUCAACGCAGUGAAGACGGCCGCUCUUAGAGACCCCAUUCUAGUCGGGAAACCCAACAAAUAUCUCUUUGAAUGUAUCCAGCAAAGACAUAAAGGAGUGGUCGCCGAUCGUACUCUCAUCGUGGGUGACUCUCUCGGAACGGAUAUCCUUCUAGGAAGGAAUUGCGGGAUGAAGACGCUCUUUGUCUUGUCCGGCAUCUCAACCCUGGAGGAAGUAAGACACAACCAAGCGAGCAACUCGGUCGAAGACCAAAAGCGCGUCCCGGAUUUCUACCUGCCUUCAAUUAAAGAGCUUGGGGAUCUGAUGAGUAAAAUCAAGUUGUAGGACAAUUGCAUUUUGAGCCUCCCAGAAAGACUCUGUUAGGGUCGAAACGUCAGGCCAUUAACUAAUUUUUUUCAAUCACAUUUUGUUAUGGUGGUAUUUAAUACACUGGACACUAUUGGUAAUUACUAAGGGAAUCAAUGUGUGGUGAAGAGGUUUUCAACUAGUGGUUUAGUCCC